UUUUGCGAAGAAAUCAAUGGCUUUAGGAGGCCAUAGAAGUUUGGAGAAUACAGUGAAUAGGGUCUAUCAUGAUCAGCUUGCUCCGAAGAUAAACACUAACAAGAAAAUGGCCACAUUUGCAAACCUACCUACCAUCUUGCGAUUGCCACAGGAGAUGAAGAAAAACUGUGGAGGCAAACAGGUAGAAAUCACAGUUGGAAGAAUAAAAAUGGCAAAGAGCAUCAAAGAAAAACACAGCAAUGAUUUAGAGAGAGUAGCCUUUAAACGGAAGACAGAAGGUGAAGAAAAUUCAGCUGGAAAGAAAGAGGCAAAGAGAAUAGAACUUGACAAUCAAUUAAUUGCUGUGCCCCUGCCGCACAUCCCCUUAAAGAACAUAAUGGAUGUGGAAAUGAAAUUGGUGUACAUUGAUGAAGAGGACGUGAGCUAUGAGUUUGCAGAGUCUUUCAUGUCCACUGGGAUUCAGCCAACAUGCCGAGCUGCUGAAAUAGUAGACCCUCUGAGUGUACCUAAUUUCAGCUUUCUGCCUCAGAUUGACAAAUGGCUUCAGGUAGCCUUAAAGGAUGCCAGCUCGUGCUAUAGACAAAAGAAAUAUGCCAUGGCAGCAGGACAGUUCAGAACAGCACUUGAGCUUUGCAGCAAAGGGGCAGCUCUGGGAAAGCCAUUUGAAGCAUCUGCUGAAAAUAUAUCAAGUGUGGCAAGUUUCAUCGAGACAAAGCUUGUGACAUGCUAUCUACGAAUGAGGAAACCUGACCUUGCUCUGAAUCAUGCACACAGGAGCAUUGCUUUAAACCCAGCCUAUUUCCGAAAUCAUCUUCGUCAGGCAACAGUGUUUAGAUGUCUGGAGAGAUAUUCAGAAGCUGCCCGGAGUGCCAUGAUUGCUGACUACAUGUUCUGGCUCUGUGGAGGAAGGGAGCAGUGUGUAAGCAAGCUCAUCAAACUGUAUUGGCAGGCCAUGAUUGAAGAAGCUAUCACCAGAGCCGAAUCUUUCUCAGUGAUGUACACACCAAUUGCAACAAAAAUAAGAGCUGAUAAAAUAGAAAAAGUAAAAGAAGUUUUCACAAAAACUCACCCUGCAUAUGUGGAUUAUAUCUACACAGAUCUUCAAGGACUUCACAUGUUGCCUCAGACAACUAACUGGUCAGUGUUUCCUCCCCAACAAUAUCUCUUGACUCUUGGAUUCAAAAACAAAGAAGAUGGGAAAUUUUUGGAAAAAAUAUCAAGCCGGAAGCUGCCAACAUUUCCAGAACAUAAAACGCCCUUCGGUCUGCUGACCAGAGAUGACACCUUCAGACACAUGGAGACAAUGGGGAAGUGCAUCUUGCCAAUACUGGAUUUUAUUAGAAGCACCCAAUUGGAUGGGAGUUUCCAUGCAUGCUCAGGUGUGAUGGAGAAGUUACAAUAUGCCAGCCUUCUCAGCUGGCUGCAAAGAGUAAAGGAGCAGUCCCAGGUGAUUAAUCAAGCAAUGGCGGAGCUGGCAACCAUCCCCUAUCUACAGGACAUCAGUCAACAGGAGGUGGAAAUGCUGCAGUCACUAAUGGCAGAUGCUAUGGACACCCUUGAAGGAAGAAGAAACGAUAAAGAACGUGUGUGGAAUGCAGUCCAAAAGGUUGGGUGUAUUGAAGAUUUUCUAUACCAAUUAGAAGAUAGUUUCCUAAAAAUGAAAAAACUGAGAACUGCUCGAAGGCAAAAAACGAAAAUGAAGCGGCUUCAAACCACACAGCAAAGCUAGCCACUGGGAAACAGGCACCGUCUCCAAGAUGCCCCAGAGGAAGAGGCAAGGGCAUCCACCCAGACAGACUGACAGCCAGAUAACAAAGGCUGAUUACCCAAUGAAUGAGGUGGCUCUUCCCAUAACAUCGUUAGCAAAGAUGGUCUACACUUCAUUAGUUUCAGCUGGCAGGAAUAAAUGUUCUCAGCAAGUUUGUCUUGA